UGAUAGUACGACAGGUGAUUGACAAUUUUCUGUGCCCUACACAUUUUUUAAUCCAGAGUUACCGUUUUGCUAAGAGGAAUAUGUUAGUUUAUAUGGUGACUUUGCUCUUUUUGCUCUUGAAACAACAUGUUGUAAUAUAAAUAUUGUGAACUCAUAUGAAUAUUACUUUUACUCUUUUUAAGCAUAAUCAAAAAUGAUGAGAAUGGAUUGAGUACUAGACGGUUUGCUGUUGUUUCAUGAAAAGGUCACAGUUUAGCCACAUUGCUGAAUUUGAUCCUUUUGGAUGGGCUGCCAUGGCCGUGAAAAGGCCAGCCAAGUUGCGAAUUAUUCGUGCAGUGAUAAAGGACAAAAUGGACAAGACUUUUUCACUACGAAGACAGGACGUUGUGGGAAAGGAAUCAGGAGUGGAAGAGAUGAAAGAGAGAUGGCCUGCAUUGUUCACAAUGGAUGAGGUCAAUGCUGAAUUCAUGAGGAUCACAACUGUUCCACUUCAACCGCGAUUCCUGGCUUCCUUGGACAAGCACCACAGCAAGCUGAUUGACAUCAUCAGAAACAAGGGAGGAGUUGUCAGGGAGAAGACCCGGAACAUACUGAAAGUUCUUGAUCAAAGCCUCGAGGUGAAUCAAAAAAGAGAGUGUCUGCUGAAGUGCCUUAUUCUGUACCUUGGGGAAGACGUGGACAAACUUAUCAAGGAGUAUCUGGUUGUGCAGAAGGAUGAAGCUGAAACCGAGCUUGAGAGGUGUACAAUGGCAGUGUUUGUCAUCAGGGAGGAGGAGGAUCCUCUCCAGCCACCACAUGACAUUGGGAUUGUUCUUGAAGGUGUGGAAGUCCUUAAUGAGUUGCCAUCGGUCGCAUAUGCAUGUGCCAUGUUAUUUGGCUUCAUCUAUGCUCUAAACUUGAGCUAUCCAGUUUUUGUCUCGGGGUGUGUCAGAUACACCAUCAAGCAGGUGGUGCCAUAG